UGCUUCGUUCAGCCGGUACGGUAGUUAACAAAACAAAACAGAAAUGAAAAACAGUGGAAAUCGAGUACAGCAUUUUUAUCUCCGCCUACGACAUCAAAAACAAAAACGAGAAAGGUCAACGAAAAAGAGUACGCCAAAAAAAAAAAGUGAAAGUAGUCGAAAGUUCAAUGAGUAAUUUCUAUUCAUAACGAAAAUGUGGUGCACGGCAGUACAAAUCUGCCUAUUCUCGGUGUUUGCCGUCAGUUUAGCUCAUAAAAACGUUCUACUUCUACUAGCGGACGAUGGCGGAUUUGAAAUUGGCGCCUACCGGAAUCGAAUCGUACAAACGGCAGCUCUGGAUGCGUUGGCAAAGGAAAGUUUGAUUUUCAACAAUGCUUACACAUCGGUCAGCAGUUGUUCACCCUCUCGGGCUUCUAUUCUGACUGGAAUGCCGGAGCAUCAGAACGGGAUGUACGGGUUGCAUAACGGUGUUCAUAACUUCAAUUCGCUGAAAACCGCCAAAAGUAUUUCAACGAUUUUGAGUGAGAACGGUGUUAGGACUGGGAUAAUUGGGAAGAAACAUGUUGGUCCUGGUGAGAUUUUUAAAUUCGACUACGAACGGACCGAGGAGCAGUUUGGGAUUAAUCAAGUUGGCCGGAAUAUAACUAACAUAAAAUUGCUUACACGGGAAUUCUUGGCGGAAAGUAACGCUGACGAUAAACCUUUCUUCUUGAUGGUGUCCUUCCACGAUCCCCACCGAUGUGGACACAUUACGCCUCAGUAUGGUCCGUUCUGUGAACGUUGGGGCUCUGGAGAGGAAGGAAUGGGUACCAUUCCAGAUUGGCACCCAAUCUACUAUGUUUGGGACCAGAUUAUGCUGCCUUACUACAUCCCGGAUACAGAACCAGCUCGACGAGAUGUUGCCGCUCAGUACACUACGAUUUCUCGUUUGGAUCAGGGAGUUGGUUUAGUUCUACAGGAAUUGAAAAAUGCUGGCUUUGAUAAUGAAACGUUAGUUAUUUAUACUUCAGAUAAUGGACCUCCCCUGCCUGCUGCUAGGACUAAUUUGUACGACCCUGGGAUGGCUGAGCCGAUGUUCAUUCGAUCUCCAGAUCCUAAGAGUCGAAAGAAUCAAGUCACCUACUCGAUGACUAGCCACCUGGAUUUAGUUCCAACCUUCCUCGAUUGGUUCAAUAUUUCCUAUCCACAAGGUGCACCGGAAACUAAUUUAAUCGACAAAAGCAUCAAGCUCACAGGAAAAUCUCUUCUACCCUUGCUGUAUGCCGAACCACCAGCCGAUCCUGAUCAAGCGGUUUACGCGUCUCAGUCAUUCCAUGAAAUUACGAUGGCCUAUCCCAUGAGAGCAGUCCGCACAAAACGGUUCAAACUCAUUCACAACCUUAACUACCAACUACCGUUCCCAAUUGAUCAGGACUUUUACGUGUCACCAACCUUCCAGGACAUGCUAAAUCGGACCCUUGCCCAUCAGGAUUUGCGCUGGUACAAAACUCUCCAGCAGUACUAUCAACGACCCGAGUGGGAGUUGUUUGACUUGAAGUUGGAUCCGGCGGAGAGGAAGAAUCUUUUUGGCAAAGCGGUUGCCAAAGAAACGUUCGAGAAGUUGAAGACGAAGUUGUUCCAGUGGCAAACCGCCACCGAUGAUCCGUUCCGUUGUAUGCCUGGAGCCGUUUUGCUCGAUACGGGCGAGUAUCGUGAUAAUGCAACUUGUCUCACGUUGGGACAGUGAUAGUAGAGGCAGGGGAUAGUCGAUCAAUACUCAUGUUUUGUUUUGAGGGCAGUGUCGUGACAUUUACUCGUUUGGGUGAUGGAAUCUGAAAAGUUUAGCUGGCGUGUUUAAUUAAAUUGUUUUAUAGAAAAAGGAUGAAAUCAAUAAGUUCUUUGAAAUAGGAAGCAGAGAAACGUACAAAAGUGAAUCUGAACACCUCUCGGAGCCACAAUUCACCAUAAAGUGUUAGGUCCGAUAUCUAACCCAUCGCUUGCUGCAUCCAAGGUUUAUACUGUGUUUAAUGUGGUCUGCUGUCUUUAAUCGCAUACAAGUCACAUUCUGAUAUGACUGUAACUGGAUAAUAUUUUUC